ACUAUAUUUUAAAAAACUCCACCCAUUUGCAAUAAAUGUCUGCUUUGUUUAGCUUAUCAUUUUAAUUUCGUGUUUAUUAAAAAAUAAAACCAAUUCCGUCUCUUUUUAUUUCCUCUCUGCAUUUCAUUUCUUUGCCAUCUCUUCCUGCCUCUGUUCGUUUCCUCCUUCCCUCUCUCUCUGGCUCUCUCCCCUGUUCUUGAGUUCCUCGCCGGCCGGCCGGCCGGACGGAUCGCCGGCGAACUACGCCGGUCGGUUGUUCCCGUCGGAGUUGGGGUUCUGGGCUGGAACUCAGGUUUGGACGUCGGAGUUGGAGCUCUUGGUUCGAGCUUGCUUCUACGCCUGCCGCUGCGUUGAUCGUGGUGCUCGUGCGGAGAAGCGGGGUGGUCUCCGUCUGAUGGUCGGGGCGUCCCGGCGAGGAGGAAAGUAGGGCUUGGCAUGGAGACAGCGAUGGAGACCCCGCCGCCGGCGGCAGAGACCAGAAAGGAGCCGACGCCGGCUGCGGCCGCGCAGACUGUGCCAGAGACCAAAAAGGAGCCGACGCCGCCUGCUCCUGCUCCUGCCCCUGCUCCUGCUCCUCCUCCUCCUGCGCCGGCGGCGGUGGUGGUGGCGGCAGCGGCGAGAGGGGACGGGAAGCGGAAGAGGGGGCGGCCGAGGAAGUACGGGCCGGACGGGGGCCUGCUGCGGCCGCUGAACGCGACGCCGAUCUCGGCGUCGGUGCCGGACGACUCCGGCGGGGGGCACUACACGCCCGCGUCCGCCGUGGGGGCCGCCAUGAAGCGGGGCCGGGGCCGGCCCGUGGGCUUCAUCAGCCGCGCGGCGCCCGUGGUGGCGGUGCCCGUGACGGCCGCCACUCCGACCCCCGCGGUGGUCGUCUCCACGCCGCCUCCCCCCGCGCCCGUGUCCGUCGCCGCCGUCGCCGCCCCGACGCCGCAGCACCUCGCGCCGCCCCUAGGCGAUGUGGUAGGGUGUGCUUCCGGUGCGAAUUUUACACCACAUAUCUUGAAUGUUGCUACCGGUGAGGAUAUUAAUAUGAAGGUUAUAUCUUUCUCCCAACAAGGUCCAAGGGCAAUUUGCAUUCUAUCUGCCAAUGGUGUGAUUUCGAAUGUUACAUUACGUCAGCAUGAUUCUUUAGGUGGUACAGUGACUUAUGAGGGCCGGUUUGAGCUGCUUUCCCUGUCCGGAUCUUUCACGCCAACCGAGAAGGGCGGAACCAGAGACCGCUGCGGUGGGAUGAGCGUCUCUCUAGCAGCCGCCGAUGGCCGCGUCAUCGGAGGCGGCGUAGCUGGCCUUCUUGUGGCUGCAAGCCCUGUUCAGGUGGUUGUGGGAAGCUUCCUUCCGAGCUACCAGAUGGAGCAGAAUGGCAAGAAGCCGGUGAUCGAGAUGAAGACGGUGGCGGCGCAGCCGACGGUGGGCUUCACCAUCUCCAGCGGCGGCGACAUGGCGGACUCGUACAGCGGCAGCCAGGCGCGGGCCGGCAAGGGCGCGUCGGCGUUCAGGGUGGAGAACUGGACCGCGCAGCCGGUGGCGUCGGCACCGCCCGCAGCCGAGGCGAGGAGGACGCCGUCGUCGGAGGUAAUCAAGGUCCCCGUCUCCGGAGGGUGAAGAGGACGAGUGCUCGCCGGCCAGCCAGCCCUGCUCCGUCGUGGAGUCUUCAGAACUUCAGAAGCCGCAGGAGCUGGCUCAGCAAGCUAGUCUCGUCUGUCUCUCGCUCUCAGGGCGCUGCAAACGUGCGGAGAAAUUCGGAGGGAUUCAAAUAGUUGAAAAUUAUACACCAUAUGAACUGAACUGAACUCAUCGAUGCCCCCAAUAGUUCAAAAUUUAUAUAUGCAUACUUACACCGUGCAAUUAAUUCAUUUUCCUUGUGGAUCUAUUUUGUAUGUCCUUGUGAUUAAAUAUAUGGUGCUCGAUCACUUCAAAAA